AUGAGCGCGCCAAAGAAUCCUCCGCCCGAGAAGGCGCUAGAUAUGCCGGCGAAUGAUAUCAGCGGGACGGAUAGCCCGUCCGAAGUUGAGCUUGAGCAGGAUGUAGUCAAUGAGAAGUCGCUGUUGAGGAAGCUUGAUCUCAAGCUUCUGCCGGCGGUGGGCAUUUUGUACCUUCUCUCAUUCCUCGACCGAUCUAAUGGUGGUAACCAGUAUUUGACUGGUCUAACUCUAUACUUUAUCGGUUAUGUUCUCUUUGAAAUUCCAUGCAACAUCAUCUUGAAAAGGACCACUCCACGCUUUUGGCUUCCGACACUGACUAUCGCAUGGGGCAUUGUCGCGACGCUCAUGGGAAUCGUCACUAAUAUGGCCGGAUUCUUUGUCGCCCGCUUCUUCCUCGGUGUCACUGAGAGCGGUCUCUUUCCUGGAGUGGUAUACUACUUCUCGAUGUGGUAUAAGCGUCGCGAGAGACAGUUCCGCAUUUCCCUCUUCUUCAGCGCUGCCUCUCUUGCCGGUGCGUUCGGCGGUAUCCUAGCAUGGGGAAUCGGACACAUGAGAGUUGAGGGUAUCGCAACCGUGGUCAUUGCUGUCGGCGCAUACUGGUUCAUCCAAAACUACCCCGACACGGCCAAAUUUGUUUCUGAAAAGGAGCGCCGCUUUAUCAGGGCCAGAUUAGCUUCCGACAGCGAUGCCACGCAUAACGAGAAGUUCUCGUGGAGUAAUGUGAUGGAUGCUAUCAAGGACCCAAAGUGCUGGUUGUACGGUCUUGGUUUCCACACCAUGAGCUUGCCGCUAUACACGUUUUCUUUGUUCAUUCCUACCAUCAUUAAGAACCUCGGGUACACCGCGGCCGUCGCCCAACUGCUCACUAUCCCUCCUUACGCCGUCGCCUUUGUCACAACAUUGACCGUCGCGAUUUACUCCGAACGCACCGGCCGCCGUGCCUUCUUCAUCAUGGGAUCAUCCACGGUCGCGGCGAUUGGUUACAUCAUUCUUUUAGCCAACUCCGACCCCGCGGGGAAGCCUGGCGUCUCGUAUCUCGGAACCUUCUUCGCAGCUGCGGGAAUCUACCCCGCCACCGCUCUCGUCCUCUCGUGGCCGGCCAUCAAUGUCUCUGGGCAGACCAAGCGUGCUCCUGCUGUGACCUUCGUCAUUGCGAUUGGCAUUGAGUCGGGCCUGUUUCAGUACCUGGCCCAAAACCCUGGUCCGAAGACCGUGGAUCAUCUAGGCGAAGCUCUUGAUAUCGAUGUCCUUUCUCGCACACUGUGUCAUCUCUGCUCAAUGGGAUACCUCAAGGAAGUUGGCCCGGAUGAGUACGACGGCACAAACUUCACCAAGUCGCUGAGUUUACCGAUCAUAGCCGGCGGAUAUCCUUGUCUCGUCGAAAGUUGCUGGCCGACGUUCUCGAAUUUCCCCCUCUACCUCAAGAAGCACGACUGGUCCAUCUCGCCGGACCCUAGAGAGGGGCCAAUGAAGGAUGUCAUCGGUAAAGAUAACAACUUCUUCAAGCAUAUGAUGACCAAUCAUCCCGCCGGAGAAUUCCAGAACCAUAUGGCCGGAUACAGGCAAGGACGCCCUUCCUGGAUGGAUGAUGGAUUUGUCCCUGUUUCAGAGCGCCUUGUCAAAGGCGCAGACAGUUCAUCAGAGGCGGCUUUUCUGGUCGACAUUGGCGGUAGCAUCGGCCACGAUCUAGACGAAUUCUGUCGAAAGCAUCUCACUGCUCCGGGCCGACACGUCCUCCAAGAUCUUGAAUACGUACUAUCUCAGGUUCAGAAGGUCGACCCUAAGAUUGAGCCCAUGUCGUACGAUUUCCACACAGAGCAGCUCGUCAAAGGCGCAAGAGCCUAUUAUAUGCACUCUGUUUUACACGACUGGACGGAUGAUGUUUGCAGGAGCAUCUUGUCGCGCGUCACUGCGGCAAUGAAACCGGGUCACAGCAAGCUCCUCAUUAAUGAGAAUGCGAUUCCCUCGACGGGGGCUGGUUGGCAGGCCACGGCGCUGGAUAUGAUGAUGAUGACACUCUUUAGUUCCAGGGAGCGAACAGAAGAGCAAUGGCGCAAGCUUCUGGAACCUGCUGGUCUCAAUAUUGCCAAGAUUUGGUCAGCGGGUGAAGGCGUAGAGAGCUUGAUCGAGUACCAGCCUGCGCGAGCUCAGCUUUCCCCCGCGACUAUGUUCACCUCAAUCCGAGUUGCCGCCUGCCACGUCUCGCCUAUUUUCCUCUCCGCGCGACGCACAACCGAAAAGGCCAUCUCCCUCAUUGACCAAGCAUCCAGGAACAAAGCAAACCUCGUUGUCUUCCCAGAGACCUACAUCCCAGCGUUCCCGAUCUGGUCCUCCCUGCGCGCCCCCUUUGAGAACCAUGACCUCUUCCAGUCCAUGGUGCAGGAAUCCGUCCACAUCGACGGCGAAGAGGUAGACGCUCUCCGCUCCACGGCAAAGAAGCUCAAUGUACUGCUUAGCGUCGGCAUUUCUGAAAAGGCUCGCUACAGCAGCGCGACGCUUUUUAAUACUAACAUCAUCAUCGGUACUGACGGAGAGAUCCUAGUCCAUCACCGAAAACUCAUGCCAACAUUUUUCGAAAAGUUGACGUGGGCGCCCGGAGAUGGCUACGGCCUGCGCGUCGCAGAGACGCGAUUUGGGAAGAUUGGGAAUCUCAUUUGCGGGGAGAACACAAACCCGCUUGCGAGGUAUGCGCUCAUGGCGCAGGGAGAGCAGAUUCACAUCUCCACAUGGCCUGCGAUAUGGCCGACGAGAGUUCCGAAAUCCAAGGAGACAAGCUCUCGAGUGGGAUCAAGCGUGGCUAAAUGGGCCAACUACGACAAUGUUGCUGCCAACAGGACGAGGGCGGCUGCACACUGCUUUGAGGCUAAAAGCUUUGGUGUUCUCUGCUCAGGAGUCCUGGGCGAGGAUGCAAUUGAGUCUGUCUCUUCGGGGGCGAGACAAGAAGACGUGGUCUCCCAGGCGCUGAGAGAUUCGCCACGGGGCGCGACCAUGUUCUUGGACUCAACAGGCGCAUUAUUGCCGGGGUUUACAAUUGAAGAAGGAACUCUCCGAGAAACCCCGUCAGAAUUCUUGCAACACGAAGAAGGCAUCUUGUAUGCAGACUUAGAUGUUGGGGAUUGUGUUGAGGGAAAGCAGUACCACGAUGUGGUUGGCGGGUAUCAACGCCUAGACGUGUUUGAUCUGAAGGUUGACCGUAGACGCCGGGAACCGGCUCUAUUCAGGGGAGACAAUCUCAAAUUGAAAGGAGAAAUAGAUGCUCUUGAAGAGGAUUGA